AUGUCGUGCGGUGGCGAGACGGCGGCGUGCGGGACGGAUGGCGCGAACGAGGACGAAAUCGCCACUUUACAAGCGGCGCUCUUCCUGGGGGCGAUUGUGGGCGCAGCGCGCGCGGGUUGGGGGUGCGAUAGGUUUGGUAGGCGCCGAACGGUUGUUGCGGCGACGAUACCGGCGAUCUUAGGGUGGGCGCUGGCGGCUUGCGCGCCUGCGUUUUCGACGACGGCGAUGGUUGGGAGGGUGCUCGCGGGCAUUUCUGUGGGUAUUGUCACCACUGCGGCGCCCUUGUUACUCAUUGAGGCUAGUUCAAAAUCUAUGCGCGGUGCGCACGCGAUCUUGCCUAAUUUGGCCAUCGUAAAGGGUGUGUUGUUCAUGUAUCUGAGCCCGUUGAGUCCGGUGACGAUGCACUGGAGACACUUAGCCGGCGUGUGCGCUAUGUUCAACGUCAUCGCUCUGAUCAUCGCCAUUAUAUGCGUAGUGGAAUCUCCAAGAUGGUUGCUGGCGCGAGAAAUGCGCAUCGAGGCGGUGGAAGCGUUCACAACGCUUCGAGGGGCGUAUAAGGAACGCGAGGCAAUGGAGGAUGUCGCGAACAUCGUCGCUCGCGAAAAUGCAAAGACUUCACCACCCGGCGCGUUUGCCGCGUUCAGGUGGUACGAUCUAUUGCUUGACUCGCAUCUAUCGAGAUCGAUGAUGAUCGCUUGUGCGCUCGUCGGGAUCCAACAGCUCGGCGGACUGUCGCUCGCCGUGCACGACGACGGCGAAAUUCCGUCGAACGGCGCGGUGCCGUCGUCGACGGAGACUCGGAUCGCAUACGUCGUCACGCUCUUGUUCGGCAUCAUGGUGUGUUCGAGAAUGGUAGAUUACAUGGGGCGGAAGCCGUGCAUGCUGGCAUCUUUAGCGGGUAUGUGUCUCUGCAACCUCGCCAUGGCGAGCGCCGCCGCCGGCUACGCCUUGGGCUCGGCGCGGGACGCGCUCGACGUCGCCAUCAUCUCAUUUGCCUUCUUCUACGGACUUGGCAUGGCGGCGAUACCGAUGCUCAUCGCCGCUGAGCUGUUCCCUCAGCACGCGCGCGGUACGGCAAUCUCGCUCACGCUCACGCUGUACUGGUCGUACGUCUUCGUAGAGACGUUCGCGUACGAACUCGCCCUCGACGCCUUCGGCGCGUCUGCCAUCCACGUCUUCUUCGCCGUCGUGUGCGUCGUGGGUGCGAUUUACGUCAAGUACGCCGUCCUCGAAACGGCGAACCGCGCGCUCGAAGACACGGUCGCCUUGGUCAUUCCUCACAACGACGUUCGCGUCGCGACGGCGCCGUCCAGGCCGUCCAGGCGCAAAGAAGCUAAACGCGUCGUCAUUCUCUGA